AUGGCAGAAAAUCCGAGUUCUAAAAUCCCGAGAGACAGGUUGCAGCGUUAUAUGAACUAUCGCUCACACAAGAUUGCUUGGGGUAAAACUGCUUAUAGAAUCUUGAUGAGAAGUGUAAAAAGUUUGAGUGCAAGUUCCUGGACAGGAGAUAGUUAUGAAGUGAGUGGUUUUGCGCUAGCCAUAAAUCUGUGGGCAAUGUCAUCAGUGAAUGUGCUUGGUAAAUCUUUGGGAAAGCCAUGCGAGACAUCCUCUUCUUCUGAUCCGUUGUGUCUACAUUGGGACUCAACAAGAACUCCGACAAUAGCUGAAGUGUUAGAGCUGGAGAAGAUAAACAUGUGA